GAUUUUGGUGUAUAUUUUCUGUAUAAAUACAUUUCUGCUGCAAUGUUCAGACCCAGGGCAUCAUCGUCUGGCGUGGUGACCACGACUCUCCUCCACACAUUCAUCCAGGUUCUCCUCGUCUCUGUUCUUUUUAUCCAGGUAGAUUGACGCGACGCUCCUCAGCAUGGAGACAUCUGUGUUCAACUCCUGGCUCCUCUUCCUGCUCUUCAGCCCAGCAGUGCCCAUGUGUUUACCCACAGACUUCACUAUGUAUGUGGAGAAACCAGAGUGUGACUACUGUGUUGCUGUGAACACGACAAUCUGUGAAGGAUUUUGCUACUCGCGGGAUAGCAACAAGAGGUUCCUGCGUAUGCCUUUUCAGACGCGCUGCACCUACGACCAGGUGGAGUACCGCUCCACCGUCCUGCCUGGCUGCCCCAUCAACACCAACGCCAUCUUCACCUAUCCCGUGGCUCUUAGCUGCCGCUGCGGCUCCUGCACAACUGAGAGCAUUGACUGCACUCACAGAAGCAGCGGUCGCAGACAGAGGUGCACCAAACCAGUCAGACACAUCUACUCGUACCCUGAUCCAGCAAGCCCUUACUGACCGCUCAGCUUUUAUGAUUCUGUAAUGGUUACUACACAGCUGUAAUGACGUAACCCUGAAAACAAGCGGUGUCAUAAUUAUAAAGCUGUCCCCUCUUCCUCCAUCUGCACUGUUGCCUAUGUUAUCAGCAUGUUUUAUUAUUGCCCAGUACGCUUUUCUAAGAUUACAAUGGAGUGUCAUCCUAGUAUGGAUUUCACGUUGAAACUAUGUUUGGCGUGUAUGUUUACCACACAAACACACUGAGGCUGCUGAUGUCCUUCAGUCAUGAGAUUGUUUCCACGACACAGCAUUUAAACAGAUAACUUCUGUCAAUGUUGAACCUAAAGCUUUUUCCAUCCCGAUCUGUCCACCUUUCCCCAAAAAUAAACUUUUAACACAUGAAUAACUUAACUAAUGACUGUAGGAACUACUGACAAAUUUGUUCAUCUUAAUUCAACUUUGUGUGUAGUCAUCUACGGGCAGGGGGUUUUGGAAUGACAGCUGGACUGUAAAAAUAGCUGAGCAGUUCAAGAUGGAAGAAUGUACAGUACAACAAGUCUGUCAUGUCAUGUGUCUAUUCACGUGUGUGACGUAGGAUCACAUGCUGCGUCGUUCUUCAUUAAUCUUUUAUUAUUUAUUUCAGUUCAUCUCAUUUCCAAAAAGCAGGAUCUGAAUCAAAACAGACAAACUUGUUUAUAGGAUAACUUUAAUUAAAUGAAAUCCAUUGUUCAUGUACAGAGAACUGAGUUUACAUGUCAAUAAAAUGAAUAGAAGUACAGUACAUUACACAAAAAAGACACAGUUACUCUGAAGGAAAUAUACUACUGCUACUAAUAACAUUAGUAGUAGUAUCUGUACACAUAAAUAAAAGCUUUAAAAAACAUGAAAGACAGAGGUAUUCAAGUACAUAAUGUGACCUGAUAUUUAGGACUUCGGCAUCCACUAAGACCGAGGCUGCGCCCCCUUUUGUUAUCAAAAUAAGGCCAUUCAGUGCAGUGAAGUACGGACCUGUACAUUGGACCUGUACAAACAACCGCUACACAGGUGCAUGGCCCAACACUGGAGGGCCAACUCCUCCAGUGUUAGAUUAAGAUGAGUCCUAGGACAGGACUCAUCUGUUCACAUACACCUCAAGGAUAAAACACACUCCUUCGAGGAAGACAAUGUGCACAUUUUGGCCAGGGAAGACAGAUGGUUUGAGAGAGGGGUAAAAGAAGCCAUUUUUGUCAACCUGGAAAAACCAUCACUCAACAGAGGAGGUGGACUCAGACACAACCUACCCACAUAUAAGGCUCUCUUAGGAACAAUACCUAAAAGAUUUGCCUCAGUUUUAUGCAACAAAGAGUUGACCAAAACCAUUUGACCAAGUGACCGAAACCAUUUUGAUGAGGAGUGCAACGACCCAUCAGACUAGGGAGCUGAAGUAGCUUUAUUCUUUGUCACACCCAGAGUAUAUAUUUGCUGUAUCUCCUAACACCAGUUAGAACUGAAGAAACUUCUUGGAUGACAGGUGAAAUGUCUUCUUUGAGAAAAUUUCACGCCCAGUUGCUUAACAGAACUCUUUAACCUUGACCAUGACCUGGAUGACUAAGAAUCUUCAUAGACAUGUUUACAUGAAUCCCCUUUCUCCCCUGCAGGAGGUGCGUGCAUACAGCUGUACAAUCCUGCUCCACUAAUCGCUCUGCUGGCAAAUAGCCACCAAAAUGUUCACAGCAUAUUUCAAGGCCUGCCGUAUUUGAUCAAGCUAACUAAGCACUAAAUAAAGAGCAUUAUACAGCAGAAUGUAGUCAAACCAGAAGCCACUGUUUGUAUACAUUACAAAGUUUACGUCCACCCUGUUUCCAUGGAGCGGGUUAGGAAAAUAAAACUGUACUUCCUUCAGCCUCCGGUUGUUACAAAACUUCUGUGCCCUAAAGACUACUCCCGGCAUGGAAUGUAUGUCUUUAAAUCAAUUAUAUAACCACAGCCAGUGACGACAAAGCACACCCUUGUCUUUAGCAUCCACCUUGUAAUUUUCCAACUAAUUCUUGAUUCUAUGUGUACUUUUCUAGAUUUUUCUGACCAAGCCCAACAUCAGUAACAAAAGCAAUUAAACCAAUGCAUCACCAUAUUUCCUAAAGUGUUCGGCAUCUUGCAAAAACACAAAAAACCAACCCAGGAGUAUGGAAAUAAAAAUACUUUUCUUUUAAUAACAGUGACUACUAAGAGAAGACUAAUACAAUUUUACAACACCCAUGUUCGGAACAAACCCACACCUAUAUGCCAAAUAUUUAUAUUUAUGGUAAGUCAAAGUGUAUCCAGUGAUAAGUAAACUACUGAGAAGAAUGUAAUGAUGUCUUAGUCAUAUUCACUUCCUCAAACCAGUACCUUAAAGACUUAAGCAUGUCACACAAACACUGUAAAGGAAGCUAAUAUACUGAAGGACAUUUUAAAGUGACAGAAGUUUAUGCUUAGCAAAUGUUUUACAGUUGUGUUUUUAUGUAACCACACCCUGUCAUUUUGCAAAUCAUAUUCUACAAUACUUAAUUUUAUACAUGUCAGGGAGAUGUAAAUCAUAAUUUUAAAUAAGGAGAGGCUUAGGCAGAGCUAGGCAUGAAGAAAGGCUGAAGCUAGCAUUAAAAUAUAAUACAAUUAAAAUUAGUGGUCAUUUAGUCACUAAAGAUAUGAACAAAAUUAAGCAAAAAAAAAAAAACCAGGUUGCUUUAGAUCAGGCUAAGAAAGGCCAUACAGACACACAGUAAAAAAUGUUUUUCUUUUGUUUAUCUUGACAUGAGAACUAAGUCAUAGAAGGGGUAAAAGAUUGGCACCUAUAGUCUGCAGGCUGUACUUCAAUCAUCACUUUUGGCUCGAAAAUGGAUUUGACAGCUUGCGUGUACCUGCUUGUUUUCCAGUCUGUUUUAUGUAACUACAACAAUGCAGUAUUUCUACUGUACUGCAGCCAAGCAGUUGAUGGUUUUUUUUCACUGGGCAUAGUGGGACAUUUUGGUGUUUUUGUUAUAAAACGUGAAAUAAUAUAUCUAGUCAACUCUUCAAAUAUGAACAGGAUAAAUGCUCAUACGUUUUCUGUUGUAUUUCAUUAUAUAAUUUUGUAAACCGGGGCCAUGGUCUCGUACAAUAUGUUAAAUUUAAAAUGCAAGUCUUGUACUUCUUAGUAAUUGCGAUUAAAUAUAUAUAAUUGUUAUAUUUUGCUAUCUCUCAAAAUUCUUUGCUAUCCUCUAGCAAUUACAUACAUAUUUUUCUUAUGCUACCACUGAACUGAAUGCUACCACAGAACUGAAGAAGCCUCUUGAAUGAGAGGUGAAACUUUGUUGCUACCUAUGCUUCACAAUUGCAAUAUAAUACAUUUUAAUGAAAAUCAAUAAGUAACAUUUCAAUAGAUGGCUUGGACUAUAACACUGGUGAUAGUUGAAUUCAUUUGCUGUCCGUUUACAAGCUGACACUCCUGUUGCGCCUCUAUGCCAGUGGAGCGAAGCAUUGAUCUGGGGGGCGGGGAGACAACAGAAACGUCUAGAAAACGUUUCAACGAAUGAUGUCAUUCUGCUGUUAGACCUAUGAAGAACGAAUGAAAUACUGGAGAAAUAUUCGCAGAUUCGUUCAAUGAUGUAAACUCCAAAUGUCACUUUAAUAAUUAUCGCCUUCAAACCUCUCAAAGAAUACAAUUUUAAAAUGACAUUUUUAAACAGUCAUUCAAUGACUGAAAAAGUGCACGGACCACAAUGGCGUGUGUCGAAUUACAUACAGUAUGUGCCCCACCUCGCACUUUUCUGAUUGGAUAAAUAGUUUGACUGACAUUUAUAUUAUUGAAUCAAAUACUGGGUGUGAAAGAGCAGCCAAUCAGCUGCAUAGCCCCAUCGGUUAGAACAUGAUUGGUUAAAUGUGCCGGCAUUGUCAGAUUGUGUGACCGUCCCCUCCCCCUUUAGCUUCAUCUUAGUGGAAAAUUCCCACUACUGCGACUCUGAAGCUGCACUAACACGCAUUCCUACAUAGGCAGAGUGGGACUCAGUGAUCUUACAGACACAAAAAAAA